GGGCCGUCCAACCGUUUCCCGAAGAGAAUCGGGGUCGGAGGAUCGCGCCGCAUCGCCGACGCGUCGGCGAUGCGGCUCGAUGCGGGGCCCGAGUUCCUCCGCGCCGACGUCGCCAUCGCCAUCGGCGAUGCGGCUCGAUCUUCCGACCCCACUUACUUUGACCCCAUUUGGGCUCCAUCCCCCACUGCUUCCUCUCCCAUAAUAUGGCUUCACUUUGCACGGAGCCGCCGCGAUCAGCAUCCGAGGCUCAAGCACGCUGGGCCUGCGAGAGCCCCGAACUUUGGCGCGGUCGUUGGCAAAGGGAAGUGAGCGAUGCAGAACGACGAGGGCAGGAUCGUGGACCUCUACAUCCCGCGCAAGUGCUCCGCGACGAACCGGCUGAUCCCCGCGAAGGAGCACGGCGCCGUGCAGCUGAACGUGGGGCAGGGGGACAUGCCCGACCCGAUGCUCCCCUCGGUCGGUGCGGCGGCGACGGGACGCGCGGGGCACGACGGGGCUGGCAAGAGGCAGUGCCGUGUUGGGGCUGCCCGCCCCGGGAGCGGCAGAGCGCUGGCGGCCGUGAUGCGCGGGGGGUCUGGACGCGAGGCACGGGGUCGCGCGGGAGACCGCGCGGGCUGCGCGGGCCCCUCGGACGAGGAGAAACUGCUCGGGCUCGCAGAGGAAAUGGCACCAGAGGAGAGCAAGGUGGACGAGAUGGGGGUGUACCGCGGCGAGUUCUACUCCUUCGCCCUGGCGGGGUUCAUCCGGAAGCGGGGCGAGAGCGAUUCCUGCCUGAACCGCCUGCUUCACGAGAAGGGCCUCCUGACCUUCUCGAAGUGAGGCGUGCUCGUCUCGGAGAGACCCCCUCUGCACCCGCCCACCAGGAAUGGUCCCGGGACUGGCUGCAAGCUGUCGCUGCCUCCUUUCGCCAAGCUCCGCAGGGCGGCGCCGUGGGGCGGGCAGCGGCCGCCCGUCCGCACGAUGGGAGCUGCGGCCCGCGAGGCGGUCGACGAGGGAGCUGCCCGCGGCGAGACAAUCGGCCCUCUCGGCAGGGGGCCGAGGGGCGCAGCGGCAUGGCGAGGGCAGGGCGAGGGCGCGACGAGGGCGAGGGCCCCCGAGUGACGUGGGCGUACUCCCUGCCCUUGCCCCGGGGGGCUGCGGCGGGGGUCUCCCCGCGCUUGCCGCGCGGUGCGCGCGGCCGCCCCCGGUGGGAUCGCGGUCCUCUGCUGCUCCGCCCGCAGGAUAACA